GCUAACUUGGGAAGACUUUGCCGUGAGAGGAGAGCCUGACUUGCCCGUUUUCUGUUCAUUUGUGAAUUUGACCGCCCGUCAUGGAAUCUUCUCCCCUUUGUAGUGUUGUAUAUAAAUUAUAAUCCUUCGUUAUAACCCAUGUCAAGUUCAUAAAGCGAUAAGCAUUUAUAGAAUCGUAUUGAAAUUGAAUUUCUCAGAGAGAGGGAGAGAGCAAGAUAGCAGAGAGAGAUGGCAGUUGGGAUAUUGGAGGUGAUGCUUGUGAGUGCAAAGGGGCUUGGAGACACGGAUUUAUUCAGUCGUAUGGAUCCUUAUGUUCUGAUUCAAUACAAAGGCCAAGAGCGCAAGAGCAGCGUGGCUAGAGGGCAAGGCAGCAGUCCGGUGUGGAACGAGAGAUUUACAUUCAGGGCAGAGUAUCCAGGGUCAGGGGAGCAGUACAAGGUCACCCUCAAAAUCAUGGAUAAAGACACCUUCACUGCUGAUGACUAUAUAGGAGAAGCAUCGUACGUAAUAAUAUUCGUAUAUGAUAUUCUUUUUGUUGGA